AAAGUUAAUGGAGAGAGAUAGGAAAAUUAGAGAGAGAAAAUAUAAAGAGCAAAGUAUGGCGUGGAGCGUCCCUUUCAAGUAGAAUCAGAUCUGUAGCGUAUAAGUAGGGAACGGUGGGCGGUUGAAAUAAAAAAGAAAAAGAAAAAGAAAAAUGGUGAGCGGUAGCAAAUGGGUGGGAUUGGUGGCGGCGGUGUGGAUUCAAGCAAUCUCGGGGAACAAUUACACAUUCUCGAAUUACUCGGACGCCCUGAAAUCCCUGAUGCAGCUAACACAAAUCGAACUGAACAAUCUGUCGGUGGCCAAAGACGUGGGGAAGGCCUUUGGGCUUGUGGCUGGGCUGGCCUCUGACAAAUUUCCAACAUGGGCCAUUCUCCUGAUCGGCUCCAUGGAAGGCCUCAUCGGGUACGGGGUCCAGUGGCUGGUGGUGAGCCACAGAAUCCAACCCCUCCCCUACUGGCAGAUGUGUCUAUUUCUCUGCAUGGGGGGCAACAGCACAACUUGGAUGAACACGGCGGUUCUAGUCACCUGCAUCCGCAACUUCCGCCGCAACCGAGGCCCCGUUUCCGGCAUUCUCAAAGGCUAUGUCGGCUUGAGCACCGCCAUAUUCACCGACCUCUGUUCUGCUCUCUUCGCCGACGACCCUGCCUCCUUUCUACUCAUGCUCGCUCUCCUUCCAUUCGCCGUUUGCCUCUCCGGAAUCUUUUUCCUCCGCGAGAUUCCUCCCGCCGCCGCUCACCAGGACGACCAAGACUCAUCCUACUUCGGGGUUUUCAACGCAGUCGCCGUGGUCGUCGCCCUUUACCUCUUGGCUUUCGGGUUCCUGCCCAACCCCAGCGCUCUGGCGUCUGGGGCGUUCGCCGUGGUUUUGGUUGUUCUGUUGGCGGCGCCGUUGGGAAUUCCGGUCCACUCUUACUUGAAAUCGCGAGGGUUGAAAGCGGGUGUGGAUGUGGAGGAAGCGUUGCUUGGCGAAAACGUGAAGGGGGAGAGAUUGAACGUGUCAGCGGUGGUGGUGGGGGAGGAGCACACGAUAUGGGAGGCUCUGAAAACCGUGGAUUUUUGGAUAUUGUUUGUGUCGUUUCUUUGUGGGGUGGGAACGGGUUUGGCGGUUAUGAACAAUAUGGGCCAGAUUGGGUUGGCGUUGGGUUAUUCGGAUGUCUCCCUCUUUGUGUCCUUGACCAGUAUUUGGGGCUUUUUCGGUCGGAUCAUCUCGGGUUCGGUUUCGGAGCACUUCAUCAAGAAAGCUGCAACUCCUAGACCUCUUUGGAAUGCAGCCUCUCAAAUACUGAUGGCGGUGGGAUACAUACUUCUGGCCAUGGCUAUGCCAGGUUCCCUUUACAUAGGGUCCAUUAUAGUUGGCAUAUGCUACGGAGUGCGGCUCGCCAUCACUGUGCCAACAGCCUCAGAGUUAUUUGGCCUCAAAUACUAUGGUCUCAUUUACAACAUUCUCAUCCUUAACCUUCCCCUUGGUUCUUUCCUUUUUUCUGGUCUGCUUGCUGGCAUUCUCUAUGAUAUGGAGGCAACUACCACCGCUGGAGGAGGCAACACUUGUGUUGGAGCUCAUUGUUACAGACUAACCUUCAUAAUCAUGACUGCAGCUUGCAUUCUUGGCUUCUUCUUAGACAUUCUAUUGUCAAUCAGAACUAAGAAGGUUUACACUAAGAUAUCUUUGGGCAAAAACUCCAAGAAAAAGUCUGUGACCUCAAGUAGUCGAUGAUUCAAAAGGGCCACUGUAAGAACCUAUUUCACUGGUGAUUAACCUUUUUCUCUUUUUAGUAAUAAAGGCGGGUUAGUUUAUUUGUACAUCCAUUUUGAGUGCUCUAAAGCAUAAUCAGCCUACGGUCUCUGUUGUAGCAAUAGUUGUAAAAGGGCAUGUUUUCAGUUUUCAAGCAUGCACGAUUCUAAUUGCAACAAUUUGGAAAUGUUUUGCAAUUUUGUUCCGUGUUAAUCUGAUCUUCUGCUAUUUAGGUGUCAAAAGUGUUGCACAGACUUUACA